AUGAACAGGUCUAAUUUUCUCGGCACUAAGUUCACGAUCUUGGACGGUCCUCCACAUGAUUCUUCGCUUCCAUUGAGUUGUAAGUUGCAUCAAAAGGUCUAUCGGAAACAAGUACAUCCGAGAGCUGCUUCUGCUAACUUUAAAGUAGCAACAAUAUCUUAUGAACUUAAUCUUCUUCGUACGAGAGGUCCAAUGCGAAUGCGGUGUACAAUGCACUUAAUUCCGAUAUCUUCAGUCCAAGAAGGAGGGACUGCUCCUACUCCCAUGGAGUUUAGCAAUUGUCUUAAUGAGCGAGAAUCUCCAAAAGGAAAGAAGCCAGAAGUUGUUGAGUUUGGCUCAACUUGCACUGAUUUUGCAAGAGAACCACUGACUUUGAAAAACAAAGCACCUAGAUGGCAUGAACUACUUCAAUGUUGGUGCUUGAAUUUCAAGGGACGGGUUUCGGUGGCUUCGGUUAAGAAUUUCCAGCUUGUAGCAGCUGCAGAACCUUGCCAUAACGUUUCUGAACCUUGA